AUGGAUGGUUUACAAACAAUCAUGAAAUUCUUCAUGAACCAGAAAACCGCUAUAGGUUACAGUUUUAUGGCGCUGCUGACAAUGGGAGGUGAACGUGUGUUUUCUCUUGUUGCUUUCAGAUGUCCCUGCAGCAAUGAAAACUUCAGGUACGGUUUGGUAUUCCUCUUCUCCCCAGCUUUUGUUUUGCUAGUUAUUGGAUAUUUCUUGAACAGCAAGACCUGGAAACUCUUUACAGGCUGCUGGGUGAAUCCCAGAAAAAUAUUCCCCAGAGGGAAUAUUUGCCAUUUCUUUUACAUCUUUGGACAAAUUACUUUAAACGCUCUGGUGGCCCCAGUGAUGUGGCUUUCUGUGGCUUUGCUUAAUGGGACUUUUUACGAAUGUGCCAUGAGUGGCUUGAAAAAUCCUGCCUACUUACAGGCAGUUUGCCAUAGUAAAUCUGCAAAGUGCUUUGAAGAGCUACACAAGGUAGCCUGUGACAAAAGCUCCAUGCCCCUUUCAGAGAGUGAUGAACUGAAACGAACUCUUCAAGCACAGUCCCAGAUUUUAGGCUGGUGUGUGAUAGUGACCACAGCUCUUUUCUCCCUACUAACCACUUGCUGUGCCAGCUGCCAGUCCAAAGUCAGCCACCUCCAGCUGAUGUUCUGGAGGGUGUACACGGAGAAGGAGAAGGAGCAACUGGAGCAGAUUUUCCAGCUGUAUGCCACAAAGCUGAGCGAGCGAAACCUGAAGUGCUUCUUUGAGAACAAGGAACCAGAAGCAAUUCCCCUACCAGCUUUUCAGGCAUGGGAAGAUGCUUCCCAGCUCUACUCUUUCAGCAGCAGCAAACAGCAUUAUAGCACAAUUCACAGGCUAGUUGAAGAAGGCCAGAAAGGAAACAAUGAGGAAAGAGAGACAAUGCUGGACUUUGUAGACAGAAGUGAAAUACCAUAGAUCAAAUAUACUUUCAGCUUUUUUAUAUCUUGGUAAUACAGCAUACUUCUAGCUGGUUUCAUCUCUAUAUUUUUUUCAUAAUGGACUCUUUCUUUUGCAUCACAUUCC